GGGUUUGCCACCACCGCAGCAGCAACAGAUGCUGAGCUUACGGGCAACAAACCAACCAUCACUGCUCAAUGCCAAUCCUAUGCUUCAGCGGGCCUUACUCAUGCAGCAGAUGCAAGGAAACCUGCGUGGAUUUAACAUGACAGCGCCAGCACUGCAGCAGUUCUUCCCUCAGGCUACAAGACAUUCCCUCCUGGGGCCACCACCCGUUGGGGUCUCCUUAAAGCCUCGCAUGGGCUUCCCCAACCUCCCCUUCCAGCGGCAGAACCGGACCUUUCGCAAGGACUUCCACAGGGUACCUGACAGAAAGCGGGAAUUAGACCCUGGUUCUUCAUCUCAGUCACAAGGUGAUGAGAAAAUGGAUAUCCCAGAGGGAGUGCAGGCAGGGUCAGAGCGGAACAACUCCUCACCAUCCACAGAGCCAAGAACUCCAAUAGAAUCUGUGUUGAACACUGAGCCUGCAGCAAAAAGACUGAAGAGUGUGACUGAGGAGUCUGCAUUAGAGGAUGCCACAGACAGCAGGGAAGCAGGAGAGUCCAGCUCCCGUGUCCAAGCUGAUGGUACAGACAAUGCAAAGGAGUACACAGGUGAAGAUCUCUCUAAAGAGAGGAAAUUCUCUGAGGAACCAAAGGCUCCUGAGGUGUUGAGCUCUGGAGGUUCACUGAAAGUGACCAUCCAGCAGAGCAGUGAGAGCAGAGCUAUCAGUACAACAGCUCUGAAGCCAGGCCACUGGACCUGCGAGGUGGGCACAGCUGAUCCCAACCCUGAAUCCGUCCUUAAAUUCUACUGUUACAUCUGCAAGACCAACUGCUGCAGUCAGCAGAAUUUCCAAUCCCACAUGGCUGGAAUUCAGCACCAGCAGCGACUUGGGGAGAUCCAGCACAUGAGCAAUGUUUGUUUUGUUUCAUUACUGCCCAUGGUGAAGGAGCAGAAGGCACUAGCAGAAAAAGAUGGAGAGACCCAGCAGCGAUGGUGUAACACUUGUCAGAUACACUUCACAGGGGAUCUAAUCAAACAUCGCAGGACCCAAGAACACAAGCUGGCCAAACGCUCGCUUCGUCCCUUCUGCACUGUCUGCAGCCGCCACUUCAAGACCCCUCGCAAGUUUGUGGAGCAUAUGAAGUCCCCUGAGCACAAACAGAAAGCCAAAGAGGUGAGGCUAGGAGAGAAGGAGUUGGGCAGCCCAGAAGAUUCAGAGGAGUUGAUCACAGUGGAUGCUGUUGGCUGUUUUGAAGAUGAUGAUGAUGAAGAGGAGGAGGAGGAGGGGGCAGCUGGUGAGGAGGAAGACCUUGAUGUAGUGCUGAUAGAGAAUGAGGAUUCUGCUGCAAAGCAGACUGGGCUGAAGGAAGUGUCUUUGGAGAAUUACGAAGGAAGCGAGAAGUAUUGUCCAGACACAGCCUAUGGCCUGGAUUUUCUGGUCCCCGUCGCAGGUUACCUCUGCAGGCUGUGUCACAAAUUCUACCAUAGCGACUCUGCUGCCCGGCUCGCACACUGCAAGUCCCUGAUGCAUUUUGAGAACUUUCAGAGAUACAAGGCAGCGAGGCAUCGUGCCACAGCUGCCUACCCCGAGGCUCCUUUGCAUUCCCAGGGCUCCAGCUCCCAAUUGCUGGAUGAUCCGAAACAGCCUCCUGCUCCAGCAGCAGAUACCAGCACGAAAAUGAAUGAUGAUCGUGGGAUAGACAAAGGGGGCACAGAGCCAUCAGCCCUACAAGAACAAGCUCCAAGGUCUCUGGAGGGUAAGGGUGAGCUGGCCACCUCUGUAGCAGAGGGCAAAGGCCUGGCCAGUGUGACUGAUGGUGUGUGUGGAAUCAUGGUUGUAGACGAAGAGAACCUACAGGAAGAGAGCAAGUCCACUACCACUAGUGCCGACUGGCCGCUCCCUGAGGAGAACCGCGCCGCAGGGGAGUUGUUGGGAUCCACCGUGUGUGAGGAGGAGGAAGCCAAUGCAGCCAGGCAAAGGGAAGGCACAGACUGCCAGGAUCCAGGGAGUGGAUGGGGUUUAGCACAGAAUGAGGCAGAGGCAGAGCCUUCCUCCCUAGCCAAAGGUGAGACAGCCGGGCUUAACUCUGCUGGAAUAAAAGAAGCCUGGCUUUAG